UGGUGUCGUCCACCGUUGAGCUGUGCAACAAUUCGUCCUCCGUGUCAGUGACACGUUGUGUGGUCACAGAAAAUGCCCGGAAAGUGGUUCUAGUGGACGACUGGACUGUUCGGAGCUUGGCGUGGGGUUAUGCGGAGGUUUCCAACCGACAAACGCGAAUCUCCUGCGCCGUAUCCGCAGCACUAGGCCUCAUGGAGUUGGGGACAGAACGACUGCUGUGCACCAGGGAGCUUGAUCCGUGCGUGGUUCCCAGCAAACAACCAUAAAGUGUGGCAACCUUACUUACCCCUCACUUCCUUUUUUGCUUCCCGGGUUCAUCCCCCUGAUUUAGCCCUGUUGUGAUAUUGUCCUGUAACAUGAUUGGCAAGCUAAAGCAGAACUUGCUGGUGGCCUGCCUGGUCAUCAGCUCAGUCACUGUCUUCUAUUUGGGUCGCCAUGCUAUGGAGUGUCACCAUCGCAUCGGGGAGCGCAGCCCUCUCGGUGGAGUCCUGCCCCUGUCAGCGGUGGGGGGCAGCAUGCGGACCACCUUACGGACAGGCCAGAAUCUCAGCACUCCUUUUGUUUACAGCAAAGACAUGCCGCUUAUUUUCAUUGGCGGUGUGCCUCGCAGUGGGACUACGCUCAUGCGUGCGAUGCUGGAUGCACACCCAGAGGUACGCUGUGGCGAGGAGACUCGGGUCAUUCCACGCAUCCUGGCCAUGAAGCAAAUGUGGAGCCGUUCAGGCAGGGAAAAGAUGCGCCUGGACGAGGCCGGGGUGACGGAUGAGGUGCUAGAUGCUGCUAUGCAGGCUUUCCUCCUGGAGAUCAUUGUCAAACAUGGCGAGCCUGCCAAUUACCUUUGCAACAAAGAUCCUUUUGCACUGAAAUCACUGGCGUACCUAGCAAAGAUCUUUCCCCAUGCCAAGUUUGUACUGAUGGUUCGUGAUGGGCGGGCUUCAGUCCAUUCCAUGAUCUCACGGAAGGUGACCAUAGCAGGCUUUGACCUAGGCAGCUACCGGGACUGCCUGACCAAGUGGAACCGGGCCAUAGAGACCAUGUACACACAGUGCCUGGAGGCGGCUGAUAAAUGCCUCCCGAUGCACUAUGAACAGCUGGUUCUCCAUCCCGAGAAAUGGAUGAGGACACUUCUGAAAUUCCUAGACAUUCCUUGGAAUGAUGCCGUUCUCCAUCAUGAAGAUCUCAUUGGAAAAGCUGGAGGAGUGUCCCUCUCCAAGGUGGAGAGGUCCACGGACCAGGUCAUCAAACCCGUCAAUGUAGAGGCCUUAUCCAAAUGGGUGGGGAAGAUACCAGCUGAUGUGGUGAGGGACAUGGCUGUUAUUGCCCCCAUGCUCUCCAGGUUGGGCUACGAUCCCCACGCCAACCCCCCCAACUAUGGACGGCCGGACCCUAAAGUGCUGGAUAACACCAGGAGGGUCUUUAAAGGUGAAUUUCAGCUUCCAGAUUUCCUAAAAGAACAGUCACAGAUUCAGAAGUCUGCAGAGAGACCCAACCCCAGUUAGGAGCAGAGGGGCUUCAUCACAACUCAGCACAGGACCAGGUGCAGUGGAACUGGACCUCAUGGUCUCACCGGGGGUUGGGUCAGAGCAGGCUGCUACCACAUCACAUAGGGAGAACUAUUGGUCUUUGAUGUUGUACUGUAUAGAACACAGAAUGUCUGCUGAUUGUUAUUUUGGUGUUGCAUAAUUCUCAUUGUUUGUAGAAGGCAGUUCUGCAACUCUAUGAUUCUGUUGUAAGAAACUGCAGUGAUUUAAAAUCAACAAGUAUUUAUGAAUGGAAAAUUUGCUUUUGGAAGAUGCAAUACCUAUUUUAAUGUUUGUUCUUAAUUUCAUGCCUUUGUGCUCAUGGGUACCGAUCCACCUGAAGUAUCGACCGUGAUAAAGUGCUUUUUUUUAAA